AUGACUAAGCCAAAUGCGUGGGCCAAGAUUUCGGCUUAUAUGGCCGAAAACAAAAUAAACAUGGCUUUAGAGGCCAACAUGUUGCAAGAAAAUAUGGCUGUCGAAGCCAGUGGUUGUGAAAAUGGCAAAACUUUGCCAUCAAUCCAAAAACUGGACUGCAUCUAUGAUGAAGAACCCUUGGGAUUCGAAAAAUAUCCUCUAAGUUCUAGUCAGAAGUUGCAGGCCCAAGACCCUUUGGAAGAAAUAGAUAUUGGAGAUGGCUCAAUUAAAAGGCCAACAUACAUAAGUGUCAAUAUCCCAAAGGAGUUGCAUGCUAAACUGGUCGAACUCCUUAAAGAGUUCAAAGACUGCUUUGCUUGGGAUUAUAACAAAAUGCCAGGUUUAAGUAGAAACUUGGUCGAACACAGGUUGCCAAUUCGACCAGACAAGGAACCAGUUAAGCAAUCACCAAGAAGAUUUGCACUAGAAAUCCUGUCUAAGAUCAAGGAAGAGAUCGAGAGGCUGCUGAGAAGUAAAUUCAUCAGGACUGCCAGGUAUGUCGAAUGGUUAGCAAAUAUAGUUCCUGUCAUUAAGAAGAAUGGUUCUCUUAGGAUAUGUAUAGAUUUUAGGGACUUAAAUAAUGUUACACCUAAAGAUGAAUAUUCCAUGCUUGUAGUAGAAAUGCUAAUAGAUUCAGCAGCAGGCUUCAAAUAUCUUAGUAUGUUAGAUGGUUAUUCUGGUUAUAAUCAAAUUUUUAUUGCUGAAGAGGAUGUGGCAAAAACUGCUUUUCGAUGCCCAAGGGCUUUAGGCACCUAUAAAUGGGGAGACUUCCUUGGUUUUGUGGUGCAUAAAAAAGGCAUUGAGAUAAACCAAAAUAAGACAAAAGCUAUUUUGGAGACCAAGCCUCCAACGAACAAAAAGCAGCUUCAGUCUUUGUUAGGAAAAAUCAACUUUCUGAGGAGAUUCAUUUCGAAUCUAAGUGGUAAAGCUCAAGCUUUUUCACCAUUGCUUCGACUCAAGAAAGAAGAUAUUUUUACUUGGGGGCAGGAUCAGCAAGGAGCACUUGAUGAGAUCAAGAAAUACUUGUCUAAUCCUCCAACUUUAAUGCCUCCAAUUAGAAAUAAAUUUAUGAAGUUGUAUAUUUCAGCAUCUGGUACAACAUUAGGAAGUAUGUUAGCCCAAGAGGAUGAAAAUGGCGAAGAAAAGCCAAUUUUACAUAGUCGAAUUGGAAGAUGGGCUUUGGCUCUUUCUGAAUAUUCACUUUCAUACAAGCCUUUGAAGGCUAUUAAAGGCCAAAUAGUGGCUGACUUUUUAUUGUUGACCAUUCAGAAAUUGAAUCACCCCAAAGCUACGUUGGUUUGGAACCUUGGAUUCUAUACUUUGAUGGUUCUAAACAUCAACAUGGCUGAAUACGAAGCCUUGAUAGCAGGUUUGGAAAUAUUAUUAAGCUUGGGGGCAAAAUAUAUUAAGAUAAAAGGUGAUUCAGAAUUGGUCUUGAAACAUUUGAUUAGAUACUUUGUGAUAGCAAAUACGUUAUUGAAGCGUUUCGAUUCGAUUGACAUAGAACAUGUUCCUCGAAUAGAAAAUCAAGAAGCAAAUGACUUAGCUCAAAUUGCUUCAGGAUACAAAAUGUCCAAAGAAAAAUUGGAACAAUUAGUUGAAAUUAAAGAAAAAUUAAUUUCUAAAGAACUAAUGCAGUUGGAAUUGUCAAUGCCAAAACUUGUGGGGGCAGAUAUGUCACACAAUGACAUAGAUAAUCUUGACCCAAAGAUGGAUCAUGAUAUUUAUGAUGAAUUUCAAAUUUUCGUCAAUGACAAUUUAAUAAAUGGUGAUUGGAGGAAACCAAUUGUUGAAUACCUGGAAAACCCAAUAGGGAAUGCGCCUCGAAAAAUCAAAUAUAGGGCAUCAAAUUAUGUAAUCAUUGGAAAUGAAUUGUUUAAAAAGACCCUUGAGGGAAUGUUACUAAAAUGUCUUAGUGAAACUGAAGCCUAUAUAGCAAUCUCUGAUGUUCAUAGUGGAGCCUGUGGUUCUCACUAG